AUGUCUUUAAACCGCCCGUCGAAAGGAGCUCUUUUUAACAUACUCCCAGACAGUGAAGACUCCAGUAAGGACGUAGAGGUCAAAGAAGACAGCGCCAGUGAUGCAACCAUCUCGAACAUUACCCCCACCGCAGCAUCACGCUCCCGCUUCUGUUCACCACUUUGGUGCAACAUGUCGAAGGCAAGCGCUCGCGCCAAGCCGUCCGCGGCACGAUCACGAGCGAAAAAGCCAACUGCGACCCCUCUCUGUUCCCCCGAAGAAGAGAUCAUCGAACUGAAGCAGUGCAUUGAAGAGUUGGCUCAAAAGGUGCAUUCUGAUAAUGAGACCAUGAAGACGGUGAUUCGUGCGUCCCUAGCAAGCGCAAAGUCCUCAUCCUUCUCGUCUGCCCGGAACAGGGAAAGUGUACGGAGACCCCGAGACCUGGAAAGGACUAGUUCCGUGUCAUCAACAGACUCCCUGAGAGCACACACGGGACCCCAGGGAGAGCGAGGGAGCUGGCAAAGACGGACUGGUGUCACGUCUACUGGCCCCGCGGCUGCAGCCGUUUUGGGAGCACUGAAUGAAGUGAAUGAAGCCGUGAAAGAUCUAUCGAGGGAUAUCCUGCAGGCGGUGGACAUGCAGCCACUACAGUCGACACUAUCGGUGCAGCCAGUUGCCGCCGCCACCACCUCCGCCAACAUUGUCACAACGGACCCCACAAUGAUGCGAGUACUGACUGAAAUUAAAGACGGCGUGAGCGCCCUCGAUAGUAGACUACGUCUCAGUACUGCUGGCUGUUCCACUUUCAAAGGAAGGCCCUCUAACCAGACAGACUACCUACUCCUCCGUAAGUUAGAGGAAAUACGAGAGGCUCUGCAGUCCACGAGGAAGCAGUCGCCACCGACGCAGCAAACCUCGUAUAGCAAGUCACCGGCAUGGGAUUCGGAGUUGCUCAGCGAAUUGACAAAGAUACGAAAAAGCCUGCGUUCGCUGGAAGACGAACAGAGGCAGCCCACUGUCACUCAACUUCAGGCCGCUGGCACACCUUACAUGUUUAUUUCGAGAAGGUGAGGGAGAAGAACGAAGGGGAGAAGGUAUAACGAAAACCUGCAGACGACAUACGCCUCCUGUGAAAGGGACUUGGUGUUCACACAGCAGGCCAGGCUGCUUACGGCACUCAAAAUGGGACCAGGUUUUGGAGCAGAUGAACGGUGUGGACGUUUAUACUCCUAAUUUAUUUUAUUUCGUCGAUGUCUACCUUAGUUUACUGUCUCUCUCUCUCAGUUGAGCAUUUGAUUACAUUUCUUUGAUUUGAAAAGAUUUCAAGGUGACGCACUCCAUCAAAAAAUUUUCAAUGGAACCGAAACAGGGUGGCAGUAGGGUAUGUAACCGCACCCUUGAAUGGUUGUUCAAGAAUCUACCUUCUCAUCGUAUUUAGGCAGGUGUGGUUCGUAACCGGUUGUUUGGAAAUCGGUCACGAAGGGGGUUACACGAUGCGCGGAUUCUCACUUCCAGUGAUGCUAAGUAUGCCCAUAUCAGACUUAAAGUUUGGGUUAGGGCUACGUUUAAGGUUAGGAUUAGUGUUAGGGCUUGGACUAUGCUUAGAACUAGGGUUGUCAGGUUUGGAUUAUGGUUCGGAUUUUGGGGUUAGUUGGUUUUGAUUCAGGAUUGGAGUUUUGGGACUAGGAUUAUGGAUAGGGUUAAGGCCAGUUUUCUGAUUAGGGUUAGGGGAAUGGGGACUAAGUUUUAGGGUUAGCCUUACGGUUUUAAAGCUUGAGUUAGGGUUACGGAAGCGUUCGUGUUUGACUUUUAUGGGUCAGCGAUUGGGCUCACCUAUUACAGACAUGACCGCGGUUGCCGUCAGAGUUGCAAUUGACAACAGUUUUCCCAGUGGGGCCACAUAUCAUACCCUUGCCGAAACAAAUAUCCAUAUUCGAAAAUUCUAACACAGCGAGUUAAAUUGUAAUCAAGGGAAUGAAAGGUGAUAUUUCACCAAAGUAUCUAAAUUCAUUUUCCCGAACCCAGGCGUGACGUUGACAGGUUCACUCUGGGAAAUUCAUUCAUCCGACUUCACCAAAUAUCGUUGCUAAAUUUCAGGCUGUUGGAAGUGUCAGUUUUUUGGAGGCGCGCAGGGGUGCCCACCUCGGUCGCUCACCAACACUCCUCUACCACGGGCUAUUUCACUCCGCAAGUCUGCGUACACCGAUCAGGGUUCCGCUUGACGAGCUCUGAUGCAAGUUUCUGACCGUUAACUCGUCCUCCUUGUCAGUCUUACGGCGUCCAGGCUAAACAACUGCACAGAUGUGACCAAAUAAUUCGUCAUUUGUUUCGUUGUCGUGGCUAAUUCCAGAGUUCUUGGGGUUCUUGUGACGUCCUGACAAAUGCGUCACAGAUCUGAUAAACUUUGAAGUUUUCUACUACGUAAAAACAUGUGAUCUUGAAGAAACCGGGUACAGGGAUGCAAAUUUGCACAGCCAGUGGACAAGUACUAAGUGGUGUGAACCAGCUGCUUAGCGUCUAAAACAUGACGGACGCCCCGUAGUGGCUCCAUUCCGAGCACCCGUCGUAACGCCGCGCCUCUCUCGAAUACUCGCACGUGCGCACCGGCGGCGGUCUGUUUCUCGGCCAAUCACAGUUGUGCAAACCGGUCAGUCACAUUCAAGGCCGACUCAGCCGUGCCCUCGCUCAAGGCGCCGUUACGCACACCGUACUGCGAUUCGGGACGCCGCUCUCACGGCGCUGGACGUGUUCUCAUCCGACGGGCAACUCAUUCCUACCAUUUCUCCAGUCCCUCCGUACAGAACACGCAGCAUCUUCUAACCUUUCUGUUCAGGACCGGGCCAUAAUGACUAGAGUCACCCUUCGGCUUAAGCUGUAGCGACAGUCCCGUAAGUAGAUAAUCAAUGCAUUCAGUUUCUCACUCGUAGGGUGGGUCUACUUUUUUUCUUGACAAACACUUUGUUGGAAUACACUGAGAAACCUCGUAUAUGUGCAAAAAUGGAUAAGUUGUCCUCAGAACAUCGUAGUAUAGUCUGAAAAUUUAUCCGAUAACCAUAAACACUUUUGCAAUUGAGACGGACCAUACUAAAGGCAAUCUCAUGCAAACAGUGCGUCUCCUGUGACGUCGAACCGAAAUAAGCACGAUGCACUAAACGUCGCGGAUUGGAAGGUUGUCAAUUUGUGCUGCACAUCAUACCUCUCAGUCGCCCUGUGCGCGUUUAUGCGGAGUGAGUCAGGCUCAAGGACUCCUUAAGCCUCCCUCUGCGGUGCCCUCGCGCAUGCGGGAUCUGAGUCGUCCAGGCCCUUCGAGUGAACAUCUGGGCUGCUGUGCGAGGACUCGGAUCGUGUGUGACACGCGCCGACGGAUUGUUUAGUCCCGUUAGACUGUUUUUUGAUUUUACCUACCCUUCUCUUUGGAUGCACUGAUAAGUCUCGUAAAUGCACAAGAACGAAUAAUUCGCAUUGGGGACUUAUCACAACACUUAUGGCUAUUUAUAAGUAGCAAUGCGCACAUAAUAAUUGCAAAAUUGCACCCCUGUUUUGCGUCUCCAUUUGGGUUGAGACUGCGGUGGCUAGCGCGGAUUUACCAUAAUUGCAGCCAAAGACAACAAACGAGCUCAGUAUAGGUCAGGUAUAUCGUACCGUAAGGCUGACAACGACGAGUUUCCCAAAUCAGGAGUCAGGAAAACAGCAUUAAUAGGACAAUCUUUACUCUGCCCGGGUUGGGGGCACUGGCAGCUCAGAAGGUGACAGUAGUGGGAGCUCACGACGACGAGAGCCGGCCGUUUGUGCUGCAUUAGAGCUAAGUGAGUCCGUGUGCCCAAGACACGUCCGGCUGCAGCCAAUCAGUGAAGAACAAAAUACCACUACCGACAAAGACAGGGGGGGACUGGAAUAGCCACUCCUGGCUUGUUAGCCGUCAUCAGUCAGCCAUUCGCUACCCCGAGGUUCGAACUUACCACCCGCCGCUACUCCACCUACACUACGCGCCGCUGUGCAGCUGCUGGGGGUGCUCGGGGGAGAGUCAGAAGGCACGGCAGGACUAGUGAGUUCCGUAAUGCGACCGGUGAGCGCCCCCAAUCACUAUAAAAAGUAUCCAUCGGUGUCACGGCGUCGCGGCUGAGUCAUACGCGGUGCAGGAAGUGACGACGGGUUUGGUCGCUGUCAUCAUGCCGAGCAGAUUACCACAAGCAUAAGGAAGCAAGGCUACACGGAAUAAGAAAUGGGCGGAAAAGUCGAGAAGAGAGCCCUGGAUGGCACACGUGGACGUCAGCUGCUGCAAAGACGGUGCUAUUUUUGCGUGAUUCCUAUCACCGGCGUUCUUAUGCAAGGCACAUUUCUACCCUAACAGGUGCUGGUCAAAAAUCAGAAUCAGAUUUAAAAUGCGCCAUCUGUAAUGAGAAAAUGACAUCCAAAUUAAAUAAUGACAGUUAAUUCAUAUUGACCCAACUGUGAAAAACUCGGCGCCUCGGUGGGAUUCGGACCCACGCAGUAAGGGGGAAGGCUUUAGUACAUCCAACGCUCAAACCACUUGAGCUACGAGGCCCCGCAGGACGACGCGAAUUUAAUCACAUUUGGAUCAAUUUACCCACCCAACAUACUGCAACGUCUGGAAUCCACCAAAUCUGAUACAGUAAGUUGACUGCCCCAGCAGGAUUUCCUAAGUAAUUCACCUAGAAUCCACCAGAUGACUACUAGGCACACGUAAUUCAUUGAUAUUUUGGCAGAUUUCGAAUAAUUCAUAUUGACCCAACUGUGAAAAACUCGGCGCCUCGGUGGGAUUUGGUGGAUUCCAGACGUUGCAGUAGGUUGGGCGGGUAAUUUGACCCAAGUGUGAUAAAACUCGCGUCGUCCGGCGGGGCCUCGUAGCUCAAGUGGUUAGAGCGUUGGCUGUACUAAAGCCUUCCCCCUUACUGCGUGGGUCCGAAUCCCACCGAGGCGCCGAGUUUUUCACAGUUGGGUCAAUAUGAAUUAUUCAAAAUCUGCCAAAAUAUCAAUGAAUGACAGUUAAAUAACAAAUACUUCAUUAAUAUCGCCUUCAAAUCACGCCAGCAGUGUUCAUCCAAGUGCACCUGUAGUGAGUGUUAUGGAACUCCUCGAUUUAUUUUCAUCAAAAUCUCAACCCUGCUGCCUAACCAUCUCUUCUCGACUUGCUGGGUGUGAGCACCUGUAGUCGGAUAAACGCAAUUUUCUUGGUAAUCGUUGGUUUUGUAAUCGUACCCAGUCUGAUUAAAACUCGUCAUAAUGGGUUGUUGAACCUGUUCCCACUCCGCGUUCACCGCUGGGGAUCAACGUCACUGCAUCUCGCUUGAAUAUGUAGAGGCACCUAACAUCGGUACUCUGACAAAAUCCAAUGACCUGUAAUAACAUUUAAGUCCGUUUUGUUUUACUCAAUUACAAUACGCUUUUUAAAGACAUUGACACAACUUUGAGUGAGACAUAGAACAAGCACGUGCAUUUUUACCUGCUGACGACUUUGUUCUUCUUUACUACUUUGUAACUGUUGGGAUGCUGCUAUCUUCGUUUCCUGGAUAGCCUAUUCACUGUGCCCAACUAAUGGGUUUAUCACUUACAGACCAAUGGACCCUCAGUGGGUGAGCCUUGUUCGAUAUAAUUUUGUUCUGCAUCGUCAUCGUUUUCUUCGGUAGAUGCGUCCACACCUAAAAGAGGGACACGACUGUACUUACGGCGCCCUGCAAAUCUGGCUCCGACGAGUUGUUUUAGGUUUGUUGGCGAUCCAUUCAGUUUUCCUCUCCUGGCGACGGAUGCCAGUUCAGAGCAGACUCACCGGAAGUAACUGAACCAGGCAACCGCAGUACUUUGGGAUCUACCAGUAAGCUUUGAUACUUAUUCCAGGGGAAUUCUGUUGCUCUAGAGAUAUACUAGCUGUAAAAUCUCACAGAACUUCAAAUUACAGCAGUCCUAUACAUUCAUAUCACCAUAAUGCAAGAAUUCGUUCCCUUUUUCUUACCGAUCGAGCAGACUGGAAACUCCUUCUCCUGUACCUCCGUGCCGGCAUGUUCUGUCCGCGGACCUUCUUGUUCGUGAAUAUCACCUGUCCAUCGCACUUGCGGCAAGAUUCUUCCUCCACUGAGAACGCGUUUCGGAGAUGUCGUGACGCCGCCUCUUCACGGUACACCACUCCAGAAUAG